AUGGAGGAGCAGUUGAUCAGCGAGAUCGAACGGCGGCCCGUGCUGUACGACAGAAGCGUGCAGGCGUGCAAAAAGAUGUCGGCCAGGGACGAGGCCUGGCGCGAAGUGGCCGACAUCAUGAAGCAAUCCGAGGCCGAAGUCAAGAAACGAUGGCGUACGCUCCGGGAUUCGUUCAUGCGGUUCCACCGGUUGCAGAGGACGUUCGGGCCCAAGGGCAAGAAGAAAAUGUGGAUCUACUACAACGAAAUGGCGUUUCUGAUACCACACAUCGAGCCCAGAGAUUACAAGAUGUCCGGCGGCGGCUUUGACGGCAACGAGUACAACGACGACACGAUGGACAACAACAGCCGACAAGAACCGCACACCGCCGACAUGGUGUCGAUCGCGUCCGACAUGUGCGAGGCCGAGUUGACCACGCCGCCGAGCACCGGGUGCCCGUGCUACAAUGGCAUCGGUAUUCACGUGCAGAACCAAGACCCGUCCAUGAUGAUGAUGGACUCGCCCGCCGUCAAACGGAAACGGCCGGACGAGUCAUCGGACCCGGUGGACGACUCGGACGAACACUUCGCGCUGAGCUGCGUGGCCGCGUUGCGCCGUCUGCCGAUUCGCAAAAACGCCGAAAUGCGCAUGAAAAUCUUGCACAUGCUGUACGAGGCGGAGUACGGCGAAGAACCCGCGACGAGAUAGAUCUUCGACUCACAUUAUUACUAUCACUACCUAUUUUGCAUUAUUGUAUUAUCAUCUCAUGACUUGUACAUUUCAUUAUUAUUAUUAUUAUUAUUAUUAUUAUUAUUACUAUUAUUAUGAACCUACACUACUACACUCCACCUAUUUAUUGACAUAUUGUAAUACCUAUUAAUUAUUAUUACGUGUAUAGAUUAAGAUACAUUAAUAUUACCAGUGUAUUGUAAAAUUUAGCUUGUUUAUCGUAAUGAGAUAAAAUAAUAUAAAUAUUCUUUUGUACGUA